CUUGUUGAUUCUGAUCCAUAAGUUCCUCGAAUUUUCUCCUUUGUUGAUUAACUGUGGCUCGAUUUGGGCUAUCUCCGAAGAAAACUGCCGUUGAUUUGGCCGGUACGACCCGACCCGAUCGGUUUUCAGGGUUUUACUUGUGAUGAUGCUAAUUUCAAUUGCAUUGGAUGGAACGCAUUGAAGAAGAAGGUUUGAGUUUGGGGCUUCCGGGUAUACAUGAAUUCGGGUUUUAUUGGUCCGGUAUUGAAUUCUUCACAUUGACUGCUGGGUUAGGAGAUUGAAGUCCUAAUACACGUGUUUGUAUAUUUAAGGGUUGUGAACUUGGAUCAAGUUGAGACAUGGAAGAUGUCAUAACUGAGAUUCCCCCACCUUCAAGGUUCUUUCAGGAAGAUCUCAAUAACUUUACUCCUCCAUCACCACCUCUUCCAUCUCCCUUCCUCGUUUUUUCUAAUCCUAAACCUGAUGAACCUCUUCGUCCCUCUUUCCUCAUCGUCGCCAUAUCUUCCCCAUCUCUUUAUGUUUUCCACCAUCUAUCCACUAAAUCUCUAAUUGGAAGUCUCGUCCUACCUGAGAUCUCUUUCGCUGGAAACUCGAGUGAACCCUCUCUUGGAGAUAAAUCCUGCAACAUCUACACCCUCAAUGUUGGUGAUGAUUCAAUUAUCCUCAUCUCUGUUCCGUGCUCCAUUGCAGCGGAGAGAUCUCACAUUGUUGCAAAGUUGCUGAUUGCUGAUAAAAUUAUUCCUCAGAGGGUUCUGAUAUUGGAUUCAGUUCAGAGUCGAAAUUUUCGUGGUAAGCUGUCACCGGAUGAGGCAUUUGCUUUCAAGCUGGAGACGUCAUCAGAAAGAAAUGGGUUGGGUGAGGGUAAUGGAGGUUCAUCAUUGUUAAAGGGUAUAGACUACUUUCCAUCAGGAAGUGUUAUAGAUGGGUUGGCAGCUGCUUUGCUAGGUCGAUGCCAGAUGAAGAAUAUCAAGGGAACUUUGUGUGUUUCUUGGCCUGAAUUUGGUGGGGCUGUGAUGUCCCUGGUUAAAUCUAUACUACGCAGGAGUGUUUUGCCGUGCUUGGACUUGAAAAUGAGUGGUGAUGGUAAGGAUGAAUGUUUAAGAUUCAACUGGACCAAGGGUCAUCCUUUAGAUUCUGAGUUGUAUACCUGAUGAACUAGGUUUCAGGUACUUUUUUUUUUUUUGAUAAGUAGGUUUCAGGUACUUUUUUAUUCUCUUUUUUGUUUGCUCUGUAUGGUUUUCUUCCUUCUUGCUUUCUUUCUUUUAUCAGUUUUUAUCAAAUAUUAUUCCUCUUUUAUGCUGUUAUUAAGAUUGUGAAGAUUGAUCAAAGACCAUGAUGUUUUGGCCUUUAUGAUCCCAAGCUGUAACAUUCACGCAAUUUUUCUGGAAUGUUUGGCAUGUCUUGCAUUUAUGACUACUUUAUUUAUUUAUUUAUUUAUGAAUACGUGUUGCUGGUGGCUUUUUACCUA